AUGCCGUAUUACCCGAGCGUGCAAGCCUCGCAGCUCUUCUCCUUCCGCCAAGCGCUGACAACAUCCACCAGCGGCAGAAAUGCAUCAUCAAAAGCACACAAAACAGAGAAUUUUAAUACUAAGAAGAAGAAGAACAGUUUUAGAAGACAAAGACACAUCACACAAGCAAACGUCCAAAACAUUCGCGAGCAAGCGAAAAAAGACUCGAGAGACGGCGUGAAAGGAAAUCUGUUCAGCGCGAAGUACGUCCCGUUCUCCUCGGCGGAUAAAUCAGAAACGUACUCGUUAGACGAAGUGAUUUACCGAUCGAAGAAUGGUGGACUGUUGGACGUCGAACACGACAUGGAAGCGCUUGGGAAGUAUCCCGCAGAAUACUGGAAAACGCUCUUCGACGAACGCGUGGGCAAAACGUCCUGGCCGUACGGCUCCGGCGUUUGGUCCAAGAAAGAGUGGGUCUUACCAGGCAUCGACGACGACGACAUCGUUUCCAUGUUUGAAGGCAACUCGAACUUGUUUUGGGCGGAAAGGUACGGACGAGAGUGCCUCGGGAUGAACGAUUUGUGGGUCAAGCAGUGCGGGAACUCGCACACGGGGAGUUUUAAAGAUCUCGGGAUGACCGCGUUGGUCUCUCAGGUGAACAGGAUGAGAAAACAAGGGAAACCGUUGGCGGCAGUUGGGUGCGCGUCGACUGGGGACACGUCGGCGGCUUUGUCCGCGUACGCCGCGGCUGCCGGGAUUCCGUCCAUCGUAUUUUUACCGAAGAACAAAAUUUCCUUGGCGCAGUUGGUGCAACCGAUUGCGAACGGCGCGUUGGUCUUGUCCAUCGAUACCGAUUUCGAUGGGUGCAUGAGACUCAUUCGAGAAGUCACCGCGGAAUUACCGAUUUACUUGGCGAACUCUUUGAACUCGUUGCGUUUGGAAGGCCAGAAAACCGCCGCGAUUGAAAUCCUCCAACAGUUCAACUGGGAAGUCCCGGACUACGUGAUCAUCCCGGGUGGGAAUUUAGGCAACGUGUACGCGUUUUUCAAAGGGUUUAAAAUGUGCAAAGAUCUCGGGUUAGUCGAUAAGUUACCUAGAAUGGUUGUCGCGCAAGCGCAGAACGCGAACCCGUUGUACCGAGCGUUCAAGAAUGGGUGGGAAAACUUUGCGCCGAUCAAAGCGGAACCGACGUUUGCGAGCGCGAUUCAAAUCGGCGACCCGGUUUCCAUCAACCGCGCCAUUUACGCGUUAACCGAGUGCAACGGUUUAGUCGAAGAAGCUUCUGAGGAAGAGAUGAUGGACGAAGCUGCUCGCGCCGACUUGACGGGCAUGUUCAACUGCCCGCACACCGGCGUCGCUUUAGCCGCGUUAAGAAAGUUGCGCGAGAACCAAACCAUCGGCCCGUCCGACCGCGUCGUCGUCGUUUCCACCGCCCACGGCUUGAAGUUCACCGGAACGAAAAUUCAAUACCACGCGAAAGAAAUCGAAGGUUUCGCGGCGACGUACGCCAACCCACCGAUUGACGUCGCCGAAGACUUGGGGAAGGUCAUGGACGUCUUGAGUCAAAAGUUAGCGAAUUAA